AUUGCUUGUAAACUUUUCAAAAGGCAUAACUUGUUAUCAAUCUCAAAAAUAGUUCAUGGACUUCAAGAUUACUGAUGAGCCUGAACCUAUAUGAAGCAUCACGGAUUAAAAAUCGUGCAGAGGAACGUGAUCAUAUACAAAAAUGUUUGUUUACCAAUUGGAUUAAUGCUCAAUUAGAUGGAGUGUUUUCAUCGGAAUUUCUCACUUAUCUAUCUUAUCCAAAUGAUCUACAUAAUAGUUGGGCAUAUCAUAAUAGUUCAAUGAAUAGAUUACCACAUUCACCAUCAUGGGAAACAUCACCAUCAACACAUAGAUCAUAUGCUAUUGGACAUACUUAUUUAGUGAAAGAACUAUAUAACGAUUUACGUGAUGGAAGAAUUUUACUUCGCUUAUUAGAAUUACUUUCAGGAAAACAAUUUACAAGAAUUAACCACAGCAGAAUGCGAAUUCAUCAAUUGGAGAACAUCAAUAAGGCACUUGAUUUUCUUUAUGAAGAAGGAGCACAUCUUGAAAAUAUCGGUGCACAAGAUAUUGUCGAUGGUAACCCAAGAAUUACAUUAGGUCUAAUAUGGACAAUUAUAUUACAUUACCAGGUUCAGGAUAUCGUUGUCAAAGAAUCAGAUGAAACUGGUGAAGUUAGACAUGCAAGAGAUGCUUUACUUCUUUGGUGCCAGCUUAAAACAGCUGGAUAUCCUCAAGUUGAGGUUGUUGAUUUUACAAAAAGUUGGCGAGACAGUUUAGCAUUUGCAGCUUUACUACAUCGACAUUAUCCAGAUUUGAUUGAUUAUGAACGAAUACGUCAUAUUGAUAGUUUACAAGUACGACUAGAAAUUAUCUUUCAACGAGCAUAUCUACAUUUAGGCAUACCAAUACUAAUCGAAUCAAAAGAUUUUACUCAAACAUGUUGGCUAGAAGAACGUUGUGUAAUGACUGUUGUUGCGACUUGGUAUCGUUAUUUAACCAGUUCACAUAAUACAAAAUUAUCAUCGGAACGUGUUAGUAAAGUGAUUCAACACAGCUUAAUUAUAAGUCACAAAAUAUUUGAUUACAUCAAACAAGCAAAACGAUGGCUUAAAUGGUCCAAUGUAAAAAUUAAGCAGAUUAACCAGUUGCUAAUUAAGCUACAAGAAUCGAAUCAAAUUAGAAAUGAAUUGGAUGUAAAGCAAGAAUUACAGAAUUUAAUGAUUUGGCGCCGAAAGGAAAAAGCAGAAAAAAUGUCUGAACUAGUCCAAUUAGAAACCCUGUUAACUGAAAUUCACACUAGUCAGUUGGCUGAAUCACAUCGAUUAUUCAAACCGCCAAAUGGUUUCAGCCUCAAUGACUUAGAAGAAUCUUGGAAAUGUUUAAUCACAGUUGAACAUAAUUGUCAUUUGGCUAUUGUAGACGAAUUAAUUCGCCGAGAAAAUGUAAGUCUAUUAGGCAUAAAAUAUGAACGUAAAAUUGAAUUAUGCUUGAAUUGGUUACAAGAGAAUAUAAAAAUUAUUAAUUUAGCAUCACAAACUGAUGAUAUGAAAUUAUUAGAACAAAUGAAUUUAUUUGAAGUAUAUUUGAUUCAUCAUUUAACUACUACUCAUGAACAAUCACAGGAAUUUCAGCAGGAAUUUCCACUUCAUCAUUUAAUCAAUUCUCGUCAUCAAAUUACAUCAUCUCAACAGAAACAUUCCGCUUUCAUGAAUGAUAUAGAAAUUUAUAUCCAAUUAAAAUUACAUAAAUUAAAUGAAUUAUUACAAUUGUUAACAGUAUCAUCUAUGCCUCAAUUACAAUGGGAUAAAUAUCAAAAACAAUGGGAUCAUUUAUUAAUGACUAAUCAUCUAUUACAAAUCAAAUUAUGUAAUCGUGCAAAUGAUUUAAAAUUAUGUCAAGAAUGGUUAGAUUAUUUAUUACAAUUCAAUGAUCAAUUAGAAAUAAUUAAUAAUCAAUUAAAACAAUUAAAUCAAUUUAUCAAAGAAAAUAAAACCAAUUCAGUUGAUACAUAUUUAGAUCAAUUACAAAUAGAUAUCAAUCAACUCGUUAUAUGGAUUGAAUCUGUAAAAACUUUAUUGUAUAGAAUAGAUCAUUCUGAAGAGAAAGAUCUUGAUAAUGAUGAUCAUAAUAAUCAUCAAUCAAGAUCAUACUUACAAAUCAAUAUUAUGCAUAGUUUAGAAUCUAUUCAACGGUAUCAUUUAUAUCUUGAAAAGAUUUUAUUAGAUAUAAGUCAAUGGAAUACAACAAUAAAAAAUGUAUAUCGUUUAUUAAAUGAAAUGAAUGAAGAAUUAUUAUGGAUAAAAGAUCAAAAUGAUUCAAUUAAACCCCUUGAAUUUCUUAAAGAGGAACUCGUUGAAAAUUUCGGUCAGGUUGGUGUACAGACUCAUCAUUUGCAAUGUAGAUUACAUCUACUUAAUAAUGAACUUCAGUUAAGAUACGGAAUUAAUUAUUAUGACCAUCAUUUUACUUCAUCAAAUCAAACAUUGUAUGAAGAAUUACAACAAAUUACAACUAAGUUGAACCCUAUGAAUUUCAACCAACUAACCAUGAAUGAUAUUUGCCUAAUGAGUAUUUUUAAUAACACACAUCUUGAUGAAUACAAAUCAAAUGAAACUGAAGAAUAUCAUGGAAAUGAAAUCAUCGGGGACUUGAAAAAAUGCCCAAUAGUACGAAUAUAUGAAGAUAUUAUAUUAUCUUUAGGAAAUAUGCAUCUAUCCAAUUUUCCAUUGGAUAAUUCAACAUGUACUAACGAUCAGAAUGUUCAUCAUGAAGAACGUUGUGCAAAAGUAGUUGAAUUCGUUAAAUUGUUACAAAGACAAUGGAGUAAACUACUGAUUGCAAUUAAUGACAUAAAUGUUAAACUAGCAAGACAUCAUCAAUAUUUAAAUGGAUUAUAUAGCUUAGUUAUACUCAAUACUAAAAUUGAAGAAAUUAAUUUAAGAAUAUGUGAAACAUAUAAUGGUGUUCAAUUGACAUCAAUGCUUGCCGACUGUUGUCUUGAACCUGUUCGAGAUAAAUCAACACAGAAUGAAGUCAUUGAUACGUAUAAAAUGAGAAUGAAAUCAACCAAAAUGAAUAAAAAUGUUAUUACUCAUACAUUGGGAGAACAAAAUGCUAUAACAAUUAGUAAAGAAAUUGUGAUUAAUUCAACAUUAAGGCAAAUGGAUCAUAUAAUUGAACAGUUGAAAUUAUUUACUACUCAAUUAAAUCGACUACAAAAUGAAGUAUAUGCUUUUCUACCAGCCAGAUCUAUUCUGAAUGAAAAUGAUUAUUCAGUAUUUCAUCUCUUGAAAACCAAAUUAAAUCAUCUUUAUAGAUCUAGAAAAUCCUGUGUGGAAGUAACAUUUCAGUCUGCUAAACAACAAAACACCAAUAAUGAAGACAAUUAUAGUAGUGAUCGUAGUGAUGAAGUUUCACUAACCGGUCUACGAACAGUUGGUUCAUCAUUUCAAGAGGAUAUAGAUUCUGUUAUUUCUAAAUUCAGUCUUGAAGAUGAUAAAGAAGAGAAGAUAGACAAAAAUCAAAUCCCAACAACAACUACAUUGCAUGAAACACUAGAUUUACAACAAACUGAUUGUGAAAUGACUUUGGCUACUACUGAAUCUGAGAAUAGUCUACAGGGAAUAAUGUUUAAAUCAACAAAAUCUAUCAUAAGUAGUACUGAAGGCAAUGAAGCUAAUAAAUAUUCUGAACACAAUUAUAGAACUCCGAUGAAUUCCCCUGAAGAACAUGAAUUACACAUCUUAUUACUUCCACAUGUUUCAAUGCUUGCUCAUCAUUUAUUAAACAGAUUAAGUUUCAUUCAUAUGCAUUUCAUAGAUUGCUUAGAAAACAGUUUGAAAAUAAGGGAUAAAUUGGAACUUCGACGUGAUGUUUUACGUCUUGUUGACAAUAUUGUAUCGAUGGGAAAUUGGAUUGAAGAAAAGGAGAGAAUUUUGUUAACAUUCAAUCCUGUAAUAUAUCCUUCGAUGGAGUUUUUGAAAUCUUUACCAAUACCAUGUCCUAUUACUGUUACGGAAGAAAUUAUUCAUUCACUAUCACAACUCUCUAUACAAGCUUAUCGUUUUAAAACAUUUGAACAUGAACUAAUAAGUCAUGCAAAUUUAAGAUUAAGUGAAAUUGGAAUGCUUAAUGAAGGAUUAUCGGAAAAUUUAAAGAAGCUUGACAAAGAAAGAGAUUUUAGUAUUCUUCAAUUUAUUCAAUCUACUAUAAAACUUAAUUUAUCAAUCGAGGAUUAUGUAGAUGACGAUGAAGAUGAUGUUGAUGAUGAUGAUAAUGAAGAGGCACAUGAGGAAGAGGAUAGUAGUGAAUCCAGAGAUAAACCAUAUGAAAUUAGUGUGGAUAAAGAAAGUAGUCAAGAAUUUGUUGAAACUAACCAUGAAAAUAAAAUGUUUUAUCGACGUAUAUCGAAAAACGUUAGUGAUGAACAAACUGACGACAACAAUGUUGACAAACCAAAAUAUUCAAAAUUAUUAGAUUAUAUUAACAAGAAAUGGCAACGUUUGAAGCUUUUACUCAAUGCACGUCGUGAACGGUUUGAAUUAGCUGCAUAUUUAUCAAAAUACCAUACUUUAUGUCAAAGUACAAAAGAAUGGAUAAUACGUAAAAGAGAAUUACUCAUUUCAACUGAUGAUUUAGGCACAGAUUUAAAUAGUGUUAUGCAAUUACAAAGAAGAUUAUUAGGUUGGGAAAAAGAUUUUAUUGCAUUACAAGAUGAAAUACAAAGUCUUAAUGUAGAAGGUGAAAGAUUAUUGAAAGCCUUAGUAGAGGAAGCUCCACAAAGAAGAGAUUUAUACCUUAUCUCCGGAGAAUUGUAUGCUUCAAAAGAAGUCAAUCAUUUAAGAUUAGAAUUGAAUCAGGAAUGGGAACUUUUACAAGUGGAAUUAAAAAGUCGUCAAGACAAGUUAUUAGCUUCAGCUGAACUGCAACAAUUUUUUCAGGGUUUAGAUGACAAUCAAUUAUGGUUACGUAAUAUUGAAAUUCGUGUAGCAACACAUCAAUUACCAUUGUCUGUAGAAGAAGCCAAAGCUGAAAUUGAUAUACAUAAAGAAUUAGGUGAAGAAAUUUUAGCUCGUAAAGAUGAAUAUAGUGAUUUAAUAAGUUAUGGACGAUGUAUUACAGCUGGUGAAACAGAUUUACAUUACAUACAACUUGAUGAACGUUUAGAUAGAUUAGAAAAUGGUUGGUCAGAAUUAAUGCAAAUGUGGACAUAUGAACAAAAACUUUUACAACAGAAUUUAAACUUCCAGAUGUUUCUACGUGAUGCACAUUUAUUUGAAACUUUGUUGUCAACACAAGAAAGUAAACUAAUGAAUUAUCAACUCAUAAAACAAAAGAAUACAACUGAUAUUGUUGCUGCGUUAAAAUCUCAAAAUGAAAUUGUUCAAUGUUUAAUCAAUGCUAAUGAAUCAUUGAAUCAUUUAUGUGAUACCGGGAAUCAACUCAUUAUAGAUAAAGUAUAUUCAAUGGAGAAAAUACAAAAUAGAAUCUUUUUUAUAAAAAACAGAUAUAUCACACUACUUGAUGAAGCUCGCACACUAGUGGAUUCAACUAAAGAUUUAAUAGCACUUCGAGAGAAUAUGCAACAAAUUCAAACGCUUCAAGAAUGGCUUAUAGAAAAGAAAGAACUUGUUGAAGAAUAUGAUCAAGCAGGUAAACUAUCAAAUAUGAGUUCAUUGGUACCAUACAAAGUAUUCGUCAGUAAACAAUAUACACAACAUCGUGUACUUGAAAGUGAAAUUGAAUCUAAUAAUGAUCGUAUUGAACAGGUUUUCCAAAAUGUAGUCAAUACCAUUGUACAAUAUCCACGUAUUGCGGAUCAAUUGAGUGAAUCACUUGGUAAUUUAAUGAUACUAUGGGAGAGUUUACGUAAAUUGAUACGGGAAAGAGGUGAUUAUAUGGUUCAGUUACACAGGGCGAUUAUAUUUGAAGAUGGAUACAACGAAUUAAAUCGUUGGUUAGACAAAUUUUUUAUAGAAUUUUUAUCUUUUAAAUCAUUUGAUCAAUUAAAACAAUUCGAAGCAUAUGCUGAACAAGAUCCAUCAAUAAUGGUGGAAAGUUUCAUUGAACAAUUCACAUCAGAAUAUAAUCAGAAUAUGAAAAUGAUUGAAGGAACAACAGAAUCAUCAAGUGACAUUAUGGAAUAUCUUAUAGAAAAUAAGUUUAUGAAUCAAAAUUGGACCAAUAAAGCUAAUAUACCAGGUUGUACUAGUAUGAAUGAGGUAUCUUCUUAUUUGAACAAAAUGAUCGAAUGUUUAAUCAAUAUUGAUGUAAAGAAAAAACUUCUAGUGGAACUUCAUGAACAUUCCAAGAUCCUAUCAAAUCUUGAUAACCAAAAUCAGAAUACUGAAGUAAAGUUAAAAAUGCAGAGUUUAAUCAAGAAAUUUUGGAAAAUUCAAAUAUUUGUUUAUGAACAUACUGAAGAACUGAAAGCACAAAAACACAUUUAUCAACUUUAUAGAGAUUUAGAAAAUGAGAGGAUUUGGACUCAUGAAAAACUUCUUUUAGCCGAUAACACUUAUAUUGGUCGUUCCUUAUUUGCUGUAAAUCAGCUAAUCAGACAACAUCAAUUACUCAUAAAAGAAGUAGCCAAUAGGAGAAAUAGAAUGGAAAUCGCGAUACAAGAUGCAGAUAAUAUUAUAACGAAAUUUCAGUCAACAUUUGAAAUAUUUAUAGAUGAUGAUUGUAAAACAAUUCAACAAUCGAAGAUUAGAUCGUCUGAGAAAACAAUGACCAUUCAAACAGACAAUCAUUCUAUGAUACAAAUUGAAUUAUCCACUGAUAUAGGUGUAAAAUAUAAAAUCCCUAAGAAAAUUCUAAUCGAUUUGCAUACAUUAGUGAUAGAAUUACGUUAUGAUUUAAAAAAUCUGAUUGAUCGGAUGUCUAAACGUACUGAACGAUUAAAUAUAGGCUUUCAAUGUUUUACACAUCUUGAUGAAUUUGCAGAAUUACGCAGUUGGUUACAAGAGUGUGAAGAUAUGUUACUAUUAGAAUCAAGAGCUAGUCGUGAUAUAAUUACAGCUAAAACUGAACUUAAAAAACAUGCUCAUAUUGAAUUUCGUGUAAAUACGCUGUUAGCAAAUUGUGUUCGUGAUUUCAAUCAGAAAUCAUUGAAACUAAUCAAUGAGUUUUUGGAACGUAAAGAAAAAUACAAAAAUCAACUAGAUUUAAUUAAAACAAAUGAAAAUCUACAAAAAGUUGUUGAGCAAUUGUCUGCAAUGCAAGUUGAGAAGCGAACUACUCAUAGUCAAUGGUCACAGUCUAUUCUACAUGAUGAAAAUAUGAAUAAAGUAAAACAAAGUUCAUUUGAGAAUUUAAUAAAUCGUCGUAAACUUCGUAGUCAAAUUAAACAAAUACGUAAACGUAUUCAAGUUAUACAGUCUAUUCAACGAAUUAUGGAUCGUCAAUAUGCAAGUCUAUUAGAUGUUUGCGUACAGAAACGUCAACGUUUAGAAGAAAUUCUAUCUUUAAGCAUUGUUUAUGAAGAAGUUUCAGAAUUGAAAAAUUGGUUAAAUCAACAAAUCACUAUAGCUUCUUCAACAUAUACCGGUCGAAGUUUGAAUGAAUGUGUAUGUAUUAUCAAUCGAUUUAUGCAUUUUGGUGAAAAUCUUCUAGGUGAAUCUUUUACAUCAUUUGUAGAAGUUGAACUACAUUCAUUUGAUCCUAUUUCAACAGUAUAUACCAUAAACAUAACUGAUCAAUUUGUACAUACAUCUGGUUUAGCUUCUGAACGUACAGCAAGAGUUAUGAAUAUGUGUCGUUGUUUAAUACGUACAAAACAUUCAGAUUCUCCACGUAUUGCAUUUUGGCAAGAUAUUAUUUCAGAAACAUGGGCUGAUCUACGUGAAUUAAUUUGUUCACGAGUAAAAUUAUUAAUUUCAGCUGCUCAUCGAUUUAUUUUUAUAAUUCGUUGCUCUUCACUACAUUGUAUUGUAAUUGUCAACUUGAAAGUAAUCAUCUUUCACCCAUUGGCACAUUCUCUACUAAUCACAGGAAACUUUGAAACUUGUUCAAGAAAAAUCGAUCAACUGUCUCAAUCCAUUGGUAAAGAUGUACAAGCCAUUUGUAAACAACUUUCAUUGUUAUCUGCAUUUGAACAAGAUGUCCAAGCUCUUGAACCACUAAUUAAUUGGGUAGAAAAAGCAGCGGAUUACCUUCUUCCUCUUUAUUCUGGUAAUUGGAUUAAACGUUUAAAAAAACCACAUGAUAUUCUUCUCUCUGUCUGGUAUCAACUUAAAGAUAAAACUCAUCUUCGUCGUAUCAGAUUAAAACGUUCUAUUGCAUUAUAUCGUUGGAUAUCCAAUUUAGAUGCUUUUUUCAACUGGACCCAACAAUGUCAAAAAGAAUUAGAACGUAUUGAAAUGGAUAUAUGGAAUAUGAAUCCACCACAAUCUACUGUAAUCAAGAAAUCGAAUCACAUUACAACUGAGAAUAUAAAAUAUGCGAUUGGUCAAGCACUUCAGUUGCGAGCCGAACUAAAUGCUAGAGAUGACAAAGUCAAGUCAUAUUUAGAAGAAGGUAAAAGACUGAAAGCUUCAUUCAAACAACAUUUGAUGCAAUAUGAUAGGUCAAGAUAUGAAAAGUGCCAUCAGCCAUACGAAAUGUCUCAGUUAUAUUCGAAAAUAGCAAUGAGAAAACAACAUGGAACUAAUAAUCCAACUGAUGAAAUACAAAUUUGUAAGAUCAGUGAACAGCGGAAAAAGUUACGGAAUAAUACCUUACAAAAUGUGAAUGUUACUGACAAGCAUUAUAUUAAAGAAAAAGUUGAACGACACAGUCGAAUUGGAGCAGUUAGAUCAAUUUCCUCUGAUCCUCACCUUGAAUCUGUGAGGUUAAAUGCAAAUUACAGUCAAAAGUCAGAUUCAUCAUCUAUGGCAUUAAAUCAAAUGGAUUUACAAAAUGAGAGUGAUAUGGGCGAUGAAGAAGACCAAAUAAUAACAGAUCUUCAGUUACGUAUGACACGAUUAGUAACAUCAUGGUAUAAUUUGCACAAGAAAUGGCAUCAAAUAUAUGAACGACUAGAAUUACAACUUAGUAUUAAUGAAUUUGCAAGUGUCGCAGAUUCUUUGGAACAUUGGCUGGUACUUCAUUCAGCAGAAGUGGAAUGUUUAGAUAUGGGUGAUUCUAUCAAGGAAACACAAAUAUUAAUUGAUCGAUUAAAUGUUUUGGAUCGGAAUAUUUUGCCACAAAUCAGCAGAUAUGAAAAACUUAAACAACUUACAAAGUUUGAACUCGCUGAGAUCGAAGAAAAUAUGAUGAAUGUGCCAAUAAGUUGUGUGAAUAUUGUUCACAGUUCGGAUCUAGAAAAUAUACAAACACUUUUAAAUUACUAUGAAUUGAACGAAACAGAUGCAUCAAAUGAUUUUGAUGAUUCUAAGCAGAAUGUCGACACGAUGACAGAUGAGAAUGUAAACGAUACUACUGAUUCACCUGAAGUUAGUUGGGAGGUGGCAGAAGAUUCUAUAAGUGACUAUUUAAUGAGAAAACACGAGUGGAUUAAUCAUAAUUGUAAAUCUCGCGAUCGUUCCUGGCAUGAACUCUAUAUGGUCUUAAAUACAUCAGUUAAACAGCUGUUAGCCUAUAAAAACAAAUCUGAUUACAAUGAAGAUAAUCCUCAAUCCAAUACAUUUCGUGGAGAGACUGGAUUAUUGGUGGGACAGAAUCUAUUAACUGCUUGUGAAACAAAGGAUUAUACGAAACGAUCCAAUACAUUUCGCAUUACAUCUACGGCUACCGGAGCUCGGUAUCUAUUCCAAGCUCAAACCAGUGAAAUUAUGAGAAAGUGGCUUGAUUUAAUUCAAAAUAUCAACCGACAAACGAGAUCAACAUCAGGUCCAACCCUUAUCACUUUAUCGAGACCAUCUGAAGAAUUCCAGAAUCCUUUAGUCAUUGUAGAUAUUCAUGAAACAUUGACUACAUCGAAAAAAUUAACUUUAACACAAAUGUUGAGAUCAAAGACAACUAAUCAAAUAUCAUGUAUGCGAAGACAUAGUUCAACCCAGGAUAAUGAUCUUACAAAUAAUAUAUUAGAGAACACAGAAUCACCACAAAUUCGAAUGAAACGAUUUCCUUCAGUUCGUACAAUGAAAGUAUUUUCACCAAGACAAGUAGUACGUUGGCUGACAUUUAAAUAUUCUUCAUUUUCACCCUCAUCCUCCUCCAGCAUGAGUCAUCAAACGCCUAAAUUGAUUAGAAGUAGUACAUCACAUAAUAUGGAAUCUGAACAGUCUGGUCAACCAACUCCAUUACUACGCAAAAGUUUAACUUAUGGUUCCUUGCAUAAAAUUAGUCGAUUUUCUAUUACACCAAAGAGUCAUAAAGAUACAUGA